AUGUUACGCUCUAAUAUUCAACUAUUAGCCGGCUUCUACCACGGGAAUUCAUCUGCUAGUGUGACAUUUGACCAAUAUUCACUCUUUCUGGACAAUGAGGGCACUGGGGCCUCACUAGCCCUCGUCAAGGUGUCAACCGGUUCACGGACCAUAACGAUAUUGUCAAGUUCCUUGAAGUCGCCAAGGAAGUUGGCUUACUUGUCAUCGUCAGUAGCACAAUUCAUUACGAAUGGCCUGGCUCUUACAGAGUUUAGGCUCGCCCCGGACCAUAUAUCAACGCAGAAGCGGCUGGAGGUACAUUCUCGACUUCCUGAUGAGUCUGGCUGA